AAAAUUCGUCAUAACUAAUUUCAAUUUAUUAAACUGCCAGCACUGACGCAAUACAGUAAACAAAACAAGUUACAUACGAACUGCGGCGGCUGAAAUUGUUAGUUCUUUCUUCAAAUCUAUUCAAAUUUUGUUCCAAAGAGAUGUAUACUGUUGUGCAAUUUAUCUAAAACCAAAAGUUUAGGGUGAUGGCUGUACCGUCAGGAUGGGUGAAGAAAAAAAAAUUGUUUGUUUUGGCCCAAACUACCGAACGUGAAGAUAGAAGCCUUGCGUGUUGGCGGGAAUUAUUAUGAAGGUCUUACGAAGAAAAUAGCCGUUAUAAUUUACAAAAAGUAUAAGAAACGGGAAGUGUCUGAUAUAGAAAAUAAACGAAAGCGGCUCAAACCGACUCAAAAGAUAAAGCUUUCAAACACGAAAGACUACAACUGGAUGGCGGAAGAGUACAGCAGCAAGAAACAAGAGGUUAAGAAUGAUAUAAAAUCAUCAACAGAAACCGCAAAACCGAAUGUGCAACCUCUGUCUCACAACUCAGCUAAUGCUGUUGCACAACAAGAGAGUCCUUCUGUGAUUUCGCAAAUGCCUAUAAUUUCAAAUGUUGAACUGAGCGACGAUUGUCAUAAUACGGUGGAGCCAAUUGCUACUUCCGCGCAUGCAGAUGGCGACACCCUUCACGGUCAAAUUCGAUGCAACCACCGCUCCAAUCUGCCCAACCAACAAGCCAAAAUAAUAUAUUGACAACAGAGUACGAAACUGAGCCUAUGUAUGUGGAUCAUAAUGGAGUCAUGUACUAUUCAUCAACUGUCGAAAACGAAACCACGGACAACUUUCAGCGGAAACAAUGAGCUACGACCAGAUGAAGGCUGACUUGAGGGAAUUUAUUGAAUCGGCUGUCGAGCAUGUUGGAGAAAAAUGUUUUCAAACCAACUUCGCUCGUUUUGCUGCGUUAUUGGAAAUUCAAAAAAAUGAUGAUUUCUAUUGUCCAAAAUCCGAUGAUACGGUAGAAAAACAUUGUCGAAUCAAUACAGAAGAAGAAUUAGCCGAAUGGAACAUAAAGCUCAACAGUAAAGCACUACGUCGAAGAUAUUUGGAAUAUUUCUCAAAAAUUAUCAUUCCCAAUGCCUAUUGUGAAAAAGGCGAUAAUGCGUGUUACACUUUAGUAGAUUGCCUGUUAACUCGAGACUUUUGGACGAAGAUGACGUGGACCGGAAUAAGUCGUCGUGGCAAUAAGGCAAAACGAGGAUUCCGUGAAUAUGGAAACGUGACCCAGCUUCUGUGCAAUAUUGUACAGAUUGGAGAUCCAUCAUAUACUGCCUGUAAGCUGGAGGUUUUUUGUCGAAACCGUCUCUUCAUAUAUUGUAAAUCUCGUUCGACUAAUCGUCAACUUAGAAAGUCUGCCUGCAGAAAUCAACGUAGCUCCAAGUCGCAAGCACUGAAGGAAAAAAACGAACACCAAACUGAAGAUCAGGGCACAUUUAAUUCGAAUGAGUCGGACAUUUCCGAAAAAAUAGAAAAAGAUGCUGAACUCAGUUCAGAUGAUGAUAACGGAGAUGAUGAAAAUGACUCAAUCGACGAUACAAAUGAUGAUGAAUGUAGCACUGCAGACGUUUAACUUGGCAAUAGAUUUUAUCAUACUAGAACUGUUAUUCAACAUGAGAUUAAUUUGAAAUGUUACUUUUUAAACCUAAAACGAUUAAAAAUAGGCAAUUUUUCCAAUGAGAUAUAUCUAUCAACAGAAUUAAAACAAAAAAUAAGUCACAGGCAAUCACAUGCUGCUAUUUGUUUAUUUGAGAGGUAUAAAUAUAAUUGUUUCUGUUCUAACAAUUGGAACUAGCUUACAAAAAAUAUCAUUACAUUUAAAUAAAACGGACGACUUUGUUAUAUUUUCUAAAUUUAACUUUGCUACAUAUAUAUUAAGAAACGAUGAUCGGAAUGGCUUUUGGAAGAAAUCACUUUUUAAUAUUACUUUUUGGCCCUCAAUUAUAAAUUCUCCAUUUUGCUGCACAGCUCCUAAAAAUUUUAUUAACUCGAACUGUUUUGUCAGAAACCACAUGUCUUUAAAAUCAGUGCUAAGUGAGAAAUCUAAAAAAAAAAUUAAUCUUGAGCCCUUUUCUUUCAAUUGACAUUUGAAUCGCUAUCUUCUACGCGUCGUACCUACCACCUCUCUCGCAGUCGUUUCGAUGGCACCGUGGAUACUGCUCCACAGCCCAUUCAUGUCUUCCAGUCCUUCCUCCUGUUGUUCUGCGAUCCGUUGAUCCAGCUUACUGGCGUAUUCUGCAGGCUGCCACGUUAUUAGCUUUUAAUCGCUGAAUGUUUAAACGCGUCGUCCUUUCUGUGCGAGAUUCCAGCACGUUCGACAACCGUGCGCGGAUCUUACAAACGACGAGAUAAUGGUCAGAGUCAAUGUUUGUUCCUUGAAAAUACCCAACAUCAGUAACAUCCGAAAAGUGCCGACCGUCAAUCAGUACGUGACAGAUCUGGGAGCAGGCUUCUCCAUUUGGAUACCUCCAGGUGUGUUUUCGAAUAUUCAAACAUGGGAAAUAGGAGCUACAUAUGGCCAUUCCUCUGGCUGCGGCAAAGUUUAUCCGCCUCAGGCCGUUAUUAUUGGUUGACGAGUGGAGGCUAUGCCUUCCAAUGACCGGACGGAAGAAUUCCUCCCAACCUGUGCGUUUGCGUCUCCGAUGAAGACUUUUACAACAUGCUUUGGACAUUUGCUUUUGCAUUGCUUUGGACUGUAGUUUAAGAAUUUGCCCUUAAUCCUUAACACGCAUAUACGGUCAUCUACGGGCCUUCACCGGAUGACUCUCGUUCUCUAAUUUCGCUGCGAUUUUGACUCCCUGCCACUGUAGUUCUCGAGCAAGCAAGCCAGCCCGCGCCGGUUCAUGGAGAGAUCGGACGUUCCAAGUACCCAAUUUUUCAAUCGUUUACCUCAAUCUUUUUCCGUGUUCGUAGGUCUUUGCCGAUUGAUCCAUUCCGUAUAUCUAAUUUCGUUGUUCGUGGUUGAAGAAAGGUUUCGGUAUGCUACCCUACCAGGGUCGCGAUACCUACAUCCUGCUGAUGGGGCUGCCAUAUUAGGUGUAGCUGGCGGGUGUCGUGACGCUUGGAGGCCAUCUCUCUUCCAAAAUUUCUACGUGUGACUGCUCGCUCUGAAAAUCGUACAAAGAAUGAGCCUGAGGCAUCGAAGAUCUUUCUUUAACCACAAUCAGUCGCGAUGGCCGUAUGGAAUUGUCUCUUUUACUCUUUUUGAUGGAUCUGAGUCUUUCUCAGAUAGCAGCACUGCAGUAUCUGCAUAACGGAUAAGAAGAGCCAUUCGAUCUCUCUCUUUUGUUUCAGCGUGUUACAUCACUCUUGUUUCAGCUCUACACAUUAUAUUUAACUUAGCAAUAAAUGGGUAUCUUUAACACCCCCAGUGUUGAGUUUAUGAACUUAUUAGGUGACAAUCGAUCAUGUUCUUAUUAUAUCCCACAGCAUUCCAUAGUUCAGCUCCGGGUCAGACGCUGUUGUACGCCGCCCUUAUUAUGGGGACACAGCCGCGUACGACCCCCUUCCCAAUCAGCAUACGACCAUAAUUUCCACUCGUAUCCCAGUCUGCACCUAGUGGAGGUUGGGAUAGGAGUUGCUGGACAGAGGUGAAUGACCACAUUAGGGUCUCAAGUUACGUGUGUCCAACCAUUUGCCAACCCCCCUGUACCUUUUUAUUUGUAACGUAUUUAAUUAAUGUACAUGGUGGCUUCAGCUAUUAUUCAGGCCUUUUUUUAUAUACAGUAACUGUUCGCUAACUGGGCGACGAGCACUCCCAGUUAUUAAAAUCAGCUCGCUAACUGGGAUAUCAUCUCAACGCCGAGGGGGAUUUCGAUGAAUAACGCUGCUUCGCGACAAUUUCAUAAAAGGCUUUUGUUCUCAAGUUUUUUUUCUUCACAUAUGACUGUUCCCAAAUUGAUCAACAAAUAGGGAAGCCACACCUACAAAUUUAUCUCUCAAAUUAAGCUUUUUAACUUUAGUUUUUUAGGAUGUAUUUUUCUUUUCGAGGAUUCCCAUUGACCUAUCAACCAAAUAAGUUAAGAGUAAUUUUCUGAGAGGUUGUGUGCAUUUUAGCUAACUCUUUGUUUAAGGCAUUGAAUCCCAGAUACCCUUGGAUGUAUAGAAACACUAUUUAAGAACAAGUGAAAACGCUUUUUAAACAUAUAACUACGAAAAAAAUUAGGCCGUUAUCACUGCAUAUCGAACACUUUUAAAUUACAAAACAUGUGCUGUUUUUUCUUUAUGUGAUAAUUCGGUCGAUUGAAAUUGGCCUUUCGUUAAUACUAAUAUAAUUCGACCGUUUUAAAUUCGACCGUUAAUGUUUCGGUCGUUUAUAUUUGGCCAUUUGAAGCGAUCCCAAAAAUUUUGGCAGACAAUUCAGUAUUUGAUGUCGUUAUACAGAAAGACAUACACUACUUCGCUACAUAUCUUCGGGAAUCGUAUGUUUAUCCAAAAAUAUUACAGAAAUUGUUUGAAUGAAAUAAUUUAAUAAUUUUAAAGCAUGUUUUAGUUAUACUUAACUGUAAAUCAAAAAAAAAAUAAUCGCGCACGGUAGAAGACCCUACGUUGUAUUUUAGUCCAGAGGCAAUAAAAGCCUAGUAAAGUGCUUCUUCGUGAAACUACGACACAGCACAAAUUUUCACUAUACUGCCCCUGUUUACAUAGUUGACGUAAGAGCCAAAAUGACCGAAAUGCACUUUUUCGUUGAUUCAGCUUCCUUUUCUUAAGAUACAUACACUACAAACAAAAAGAAAACCAUUUUGUUCUGAAACUUUUGAGAAAUUUUGGAAAAACGUUUUGGCGUAACUGCCAAUUGGUUGCAAAAACUGGCGUCACUCCAUACAAGGUGCAAUUGUUUAUGUUAAGUCGUUUAAUUCGACUGUCUAACUACUGUCUGUUUGUCUAAGUUAAGUCGUUUAAUUCGACAAAUAUUCCAUGGAAAGGGGUAAAGGUGAAAGUGGGAUUGAAUAAUUGUAUUGUAAUUGUAUUGUAUAUUAAUAUUUUCACAAAACACUCAGCCUCAGGAAGGUGUGAAGUUACCGUGUCCUUUCCCCCUACUAAUUGAAACGUGUGUGUAAAAUACGGUGGGUAAACUUAAUCGAUUUGCCAGAACGUUUUUUAGGUUCUAUUUGGGGCCCCAAACAAUCAUGACACUACCGGAAGUGAAUUGAUCGAUAGCUCUCUGUAAAGAAACAUGCGCAAAAGUUUUCCUAUACUAAUUUUCAUACAAAUUUAUGUACAUGCAUAUAUAAUGCACCAAUCAGAGGCACGAGAAAUCCAUAUUCGGCAGGUUUAGAAUUGUCUGGGGGCCUAAAUUGAACCAAAGAAAAACUUUGUCCUGGCUCUGUGCUGUCAAGUUUGCAUUUUUCCUUGUAACGAUUACCCACCUUAGCGUAAAUGUAAGUCUUUAUGCAUGUGUUUGUGUGUGUGUUUGUAUGUGUGUUUGUGCGUGUUUGUCUAAUUGAAACUGCCGAUGGACAAUAACUGACGUUUGACCGAAACACGGUUGAUAAAACUGAAUCAACUGCGAGGCAUAGUAGGAAGUAGUCAAGUUUUUACGCCGAGCUAUGCGAACGACCUGCGAGAAAAAUACAUGUUUAUUCGCAUAAACUGGCGUAGCGGUUUUUCUGGAUCAAUUACCACGGGCCAACUCAUAUAAUCCAUGGGGCCUCUUUUCAAACAUCAAUCUUCAUAAAAUUGACAGACUAUUUUAUUGAAAUUGUAUCUCAAUAUAAUAAUUUGGGUUAAAAUAACAAAAACUCGUUUUUCUCGCAAUGAUGGUGUUGGUUGUUACGUCAACUAUGUAAACAGGGGCAGUAUACUACGUUACAUUUUUUCUAAUUCAUAUACUGCCCAUAAUCGCAUAUUUGUAACAUUUGCAAAAUUGGUUGUUCGAGCAAAUCGCACUUUUAUAUUUUGACCUUAAAUGCAUUGUUCCUAAUAUAUUCUUGCAAAUAGACACUUUAAAUUAACUUAGUAUCAUGAAGAAAGCACUACUUUACACUAUGUAUACAUUGAAUAUUACUUUUGAAGUCAAAUUGGUUGAAAUUUUUGCAAUGAUACAUUUAUGCCGUCACUUUCAAGCCACUUUUGGAAUAUAUCACAGGGAAAAUAAAGUUUUUCAUGUAUUCAACAAGCAUGAGCUGAACAUCAGAAACGGAUCACCGGUGGUUGAUUACCGGAUUAGAAUAACUUCCGAGUGUCAAAGAAUGCAGAUGUGAAUUUGGGUGGAAACUUUUUUGACAAAGAAGUUGAAAAAGUUAAGAAGUGUGACAAUUAUGCGGUUAUUUACGCUAUGGAACAAAACAACUUGGUAUUUUUUACGACUUUUUUCAAACAAACAUAAGCAUAUUUUUACAGAUGUAAAAAGGACAUACUAUUCUAAGCAUUUCUCAAUAAAAACCACGAAAUCCAUAAAAUGUCGAAUGUUACAAUUAUGCGAUUACAGGCAGUAUAUACAACAGAUAAAAAAUAACAGGGUAUAAUUUGAAGGAAAAUCUCCACUCUGCUGCCGCUCUUCGCAUACCUGCCCCAUAUCGAUUUUCGAUGAUUUUGACUUUUUCGUGGGAAUCUGUUUAAAAUCAUCUCAAGCUUUAAAAAAAAUGAUAAAAUAGUAAACUUUGUUCGUGAAAUAUGAAAAAUCAAAACCCGUUUGAGUUGUCCCAUGUCGAAAAUAUUCGCAUAACAGUCACGUUCAUUUUAUUGGUCGUGGGGGGGCUAACUGAUGUUCUAAAGUGUCCUUUUUUGAACAAUACUAUGCAAUGGAAAUGCUUAUUAUUCUGAGUUAAACUCUAAUCAUACUCAUUUAACACAAUAAAUUUAAUAAUUUACUUGCAUGCCGCGCUAUUACUAGGACAAGCUAUGCGGACACGAAAUAACCGAAAGUUGCUUAAAUAAUUCAAUCGACGUUUUCUCCAUUUGAGUUUUUUUGCCAUGGGACGGACAUGCGAAGAGCGACAAUGUGAUAUUUAAAUAAUAUGAAACUAUAUAUCUCUGGGUUCUAGUAACUAACUAAACAUUUCAUUUUCAUUUUCAUUUUGCGGUGGAUGGUGGGGCAGUUAGAGCCAAGUCUGUCCAGCCCCGAUAAUUAAGGAAGGAUAAUGGCUGACUGCCACAUGCGGGACUAUAUGAAUGCCAUUGGAAGGGAUUAGGGAAAGAUUGGGAAGGUUUUAAGCGUUUAAAAUAAUAAUAAUGCUAAUAAAAAUGAUAGUAAUA